ACUUCUCCCCCGAAAGUUUAUAACUCUCAACAGCAGCCCCCUCACCACCAGAGUCCUCCUAUUAAUAAUCUCGACCCCAGCAAUAUCUCACCCUUGACACAUGUCAAUAUUAUGCACUGACGUUAUACCUACAGUGUACCGGCGCUUUCUUGGCAGGGGAGGUAAUCCGUUUUAGAUGGGGCAGUCACGUCGCCUUUUUCUUUAGCUUCGUGUGAGGUGCGUCUGAAGUACAAAGAGGGCCGUCCUGCGGAGUACCGUUCUGUUAUAUCAGUAUUAUUAGUUAUGAUAUGUUUUAUUUGUUGCACGUUUUGUUUUGGUGCUAUUAUAAUGUGUAAUAGACAAUGUAUAUGAGAGCUAAAAUGCCGAUGGUUGCUGGAUUGUUUAUGCUUUUGUAGUAACGCGCCGCUGUGCAGUUGGAAAUAGUGAACUCUGAUAAUAAUAGACCGCCCACGUUCAUGAUCAUGCCAAAUAUUGAAUAUCUAAGUUUAGACUUAAGCUUGCUAUCAAUAAUAGUUGACGACAUAUUGUACCACGAAAAGAAACAAUUUGUAGUCGUGAGAGCACUUGCAAGUUCUUGACAGUGAUAAUCAGUUUAACGGGCGGAUUCGUUUAAAUUAUCAUUAUUAUCCUACCUCCAUGUGAGGGCCAGGGUAAAAUGGGACGAUCUCAUUCUACUGGAAUAGAGAAACGAAAAAAGCUCUACAUUUCUUACAACGAAAAUAUCGAAACUAUAGCAUUUUCUCCGUCCUGUACGUCACACGAUGUGAAGGAGUUACUUAUAGCUGUGUGCUGUGCUCCCCACAACAGUUCCCUGAAACUGGUCGACCACCAGGGACAUCUCGUACCCAUCUCACCUACCCUCGACUGUAACUCCCCCGAUAAGCCGUAUCAGCUUCUUGUUACGACAGCAAGGAGAGACUCAAUAAUGGAGAUAAAAAGACUUAUGGCAAAUAUGGGGGAAAUAUUUGAAAGGGUUGUGGAGUGCAGUGGAAACCAUGACGAUCUGAUGAAGAAAAUAGAAUACCUUGAGUCACAACUUCAAGUGGAAGGUUUCCAAGCUAUCGAGUUGGAGAAGUGCAAGAAUGAUCUGAUGAAGUUAAAGUGCAAAAUUUCAGACGAACUUACGAUCCCCAGGACGGGAUUGCACGUGACUACCCCAGUUAGCGCUAAACGAGACGUCCCGCUGUAUCCCAAGUACGUCCUGUCGGGAGAAACUAUAGCCUACCUAAAACAGCCUACAUUCGACAUGUGGAACUGGGAACCUAACGAGAUGCUGGCCCUGCUGGAGCACAUGUUCACCGACCUCAACCUUACUACUGAGUUUAAGAUCAACAACAUGGUUCUCAAGAAGUGGCUUAAAGCAGUGCAGAACAAAUACCGCAACAAUCCCUUCCACAACUUCCGGCACUGUUUCUGUGUAGCUCAAAUGAUGUAUGGAAUGGUGCACUCAUGUAACCUGCAAAAGAAGCUUAGUAGAAAAGAUCUAGGAAUUCUUCUUAUUGCUUGCAUCUGCCACGACUUGGAUCAUCCAGGCUUUAAUAACACGUAUCAGAUAAACGCCAGAACGGAACUAGCAGUGAGAUACAACGACAUAUCGCCUUUAGAGAAUCAUCACUGUGCUGUGUGCUUCGAGAUACUUUCUGAUCCAGAGACAAACAUAUUCGCAAACGUGGACAAGACCGAAUUCAAGGAGAUACGACAGGGCAUCAUUGAUCUGAUCUUAGCUACAGAUAUGGCUAGACAUGGAGAGAUAGUGACACAUUUCAGGACUAUUUCCAAGUGUUUUAUAUGGGAAAAUCCUACACACAUCAAGCAGCUGCAGUCUAUCAUGAUUAAGUGCUGUGAUAUAUCCAAUGAAGUGAGACCAUUUAGCGUUGCGGAGCCCUGGCUUGAGUGCUUACUGGAGGAGUACUUCACUCAGAGUGACCGUGAAAAGUGCGAGGGUUUGCCAGUCGCUUCGUUCAUGGACCGGAGUAAAGUCACUAAACCAACAGCUCAGAUAGGAUUUAUAAAAUAUGUUCUUAUUCCUCUCUACGAAACGUUAUGUGAGCUGUUCCCGGAGAUCGAAGGAACAAUGUUACAACCCCUCAAAGAUGCCUAUGUGUAUUACGAAUCAAAGAAGCUGGAAGAUGACCUGGCUAAAGAUGACCACAACAGAACCAAGACAUGUCAGGCGCUUCUAAAUGAGAAACUAGAACUAGAGAGGAAGCUGGCUGGAGCGGAGAAGACCAUUUCAAACUUGGCUGUAGUAGUCACUAACAGUGACAACACCACCACAAAGAUUCAGUAGUCAACUAAGACGGCACGUGCCUUAUCACACGUGUCAUAUCACGUGUCAUAUCAAGGAACGUGAAUCAAAGACUGUACAAUCUGAUACAGCUAUUAUUAAAUGGGAGAUCUUGUGUUUGAACUUUUUGCUGUUUUCUGAUCCCGUUCGAGAAACAAUCAUGUUGCUUCUAUUCGACUCUGAUCUGAUAACAUCAGAAAUCGUGAUCACGAGAAGAAUGUUUUAGACAAUUCUUAUGAUAACGUUGCAAUAUUUUAAGCACACUGAGUGAAAUAGAACUUAUCAGCGGCAUGAUAUUUCCUUCCCAAAUGUACGGACUAUACUUCAAAUUUGAACGUUUUUUAAGAAAUGAAAUGCUUACUAAUAUUACAAGUUUUUGUUAAUAAUUUUUCGAGC